UUUCCGAAGUUUAGCAUUUGUGGGACAGGUGUAACUCUAUCUACUUUUGAUCGUAUGGCGUGCUUUCGUGUUGGAGCGGGAACCUUAUACUGAGCAUCCGACACCUUAGUGAGCCGUACCUGGGCAGUCGUGUGCCAUGGUUAGCAAGCUGUGAUCAUUGCUGGACGGGACGUGGAAAAACUACGAAUCUGUUCGUGAAUGCUGUCUACGUGAACGUGCGCGAAAACCGCCUCUGGAUUUUCUUAGGCAUCGACAUCAUGAUUGCCAUGAAUCAGGACGAGAUUAUUGCGAAUACGAAGACCGUCAUCCAGGGUCUUGAACAGCUCAAAAAUGAGCAUAACUCCAUACUCGACGGCCUUUCCUCAGUUCAGGAUGCAAACAACUCGGUUGUUGAUGAGAAAGCUACGUUCCUCCGACGGAAACUGGAAUCUUUGGAGCUCGGCCUCGGUGAGGCACAGGUCAUCAUGGCCCUCGCCGCCCAUAUACAGCAGGUCGAAGCUGAAAAACAGAAGUUGAGGACGCAGGUCCGGCGGCUGUGUCAGGAGAACGCCUGGCUCAGAGACGAACUCGCAAACACUCAGCAGAAGCUCAGGAGCUCGGAGCAAGUCGUCGCGCAGUUGGAAGAAGAGAAGAAACAUCUGGAAUUCAUGAAUUCCCUGAAGAAGUAUGAUAGCGACUCGGGCGAUUGUGAUACGAUGAGUCCUUCGAAAGGUCGAGAAUCGACUGGCGCGACUGACGGAAGCGCGAAUGCGGGAGAAGGAGAAUCGACUCCUGUUGAAGGCCUGUCGAAGAGCGUUUCAGACGCUGAUCUCGGUUUCCCCGAAGACGACAACAGCCAGGACCACCAGCAAUCCCAACAGCAGAUCUCGGGCAACGAAAUUCCGACACGUUUGAAAACGCUGCACAAUCUUGUCAUCCAAUAUGCGUCUCAGGGCAGGUAUGAAGUUGCGGUUCCGCUCUGCAAGCAGGCGUUGGAAGAUCUGAAGAAAACCUCAGGUGCGAACCAUCCGGACGUUGCCACGAUGUUGAACAUCCUCGCCCUUGUCUAUCGGGAUCAGAACAAGUUCAGGGAUGCCGCUGAUCUUUUGAACGAAGCUCUAGAAAUUCGAGAGAAGACGCUCGGAGAGAAUCAUCCCGCCGUGGCCGCGACGCUGAACAACCUCGCUGUUCUCUACGGUAAACGGGGCAAAUACCGUGAGGCCGAACCUCUUUGCAAGAGAGCGCUCCAGAUCCGAGAACGAGUUCUGGGCAGUGAUCAUCCCGACGUCGCGAAGCAGUACAACAAUCUGGCUUUCCUUUGUCAAAACCAAUCGAAAUACGAUGAAGUCGAACAAUAUUACCUGAGAGCUCUCCAAAUCUACGAGAAGGCGCUCGGACCUGAUGAUCCGAAUGUGGCGAAGACGAAAAACUCCCUGGCGUCCGCCUACCUCAAGCAAAGAAAAUACAAAGAGGCCGAAAUCCUUUACAAAGAGGUAUUGACGAGGGCCCAUGAACGAUGCUUUGGCCCAACCGAUUCCGAGAACAAACCCAUAUGGGAGUUGGCCGAAAGAAGAGAACUCGACAAAGAUACGGAUGGAAUCGCAAUCGAUCCCCGCUACAAGGAGACCGUAGACAACGCGAUCGUGGCGGCGACUUUGGAAAACCUCGGCGCCAUAUAUCGCAAGCAAGGCAAAUUCGAGGCCGCAGAAACCCUCGAAGACGUGGUGCUUCGGGCGAGGAAAGAGAGACAAGUACGCAACCUCAAUCGACGGACGGGGGGGCCAUGAAGCGACGACCAAUGAGCCUCUAUGAGGGAGAAUGGAGCGAAGACCAUACGGUCCGACGGAAUGAGCUACUUAUCAGGUUCCAAGCGUCGAACUCUAGAAACGUGUUGCGCUCUCUUCCUCCCGAGAAGAGGAAACGGCUCGUGACAUAUGAUAUAUAUGCUUUCGGGAGUUUUCCCGCGAACCAGGCAGGAUCGCUGUCAGAUAUGAGUGCCUUGCGAGUUCCGCUUGUGGCUGGUGCGGUGGAGAUCUCGACUCGACGUCGAUAUAUUCUGUCAGGAUGAGAAUCUCUAACCUUUCUAUUGGUCAGUUGUGAUAAGAGAAAUGAUUCAAUCUUUUUCGGACGGAAUUCUGGGGAAUGCACAUAACCAGAAUCAUCAGCUCUCCUCGCGGGAGCUUUCGUGAAGGUGGCCCGUCAACAUCCAUUGCGAAUCCUUCGGAUCUGCCACUCUAGUUCUGGACUGCAGAGUGCGCUGACUUUCACCCGGAAUGCGUACGCUCGCCGCAGGCGUUCGCCAACUUUCUGAACGAUACCUGUGACUAACUGUCAUUGAAUCCAACGGCUUCGCCGAACAAGGAGUGUGGGAAAUUCAUGGGCUCCACGUGAUGU